AUGGCCACUGUAACUAAGGGAAUUUAUGCUGAAGCUAAAAAAGCAGGCUCACCAGAUCAUUUGGAAGAUAAUAUCAUUCUAGAUGGAAAAAUUCUUCCAAUUCAAGUCGAUCUUCAUCAGGUACUUGUAUUGCCAAAAGCAGAAUGGGAAGGGAUUCAGGACCGUCUUGGCAGCACAGCUAAAGAAGCAGCACGCAUCCUUGCCGAGAACAAAGCGCGGGAAGAAAUGCGCCUACGCUCCAAAGCUGCUAUCAAAGACUGGCCCAACACCGUUAUGGGCCUGGCACAGCAGAAACUUAAAGCCAAACAACUACGUGAAGAAAGAGAAGAGGAAGAAAGAAAGUUAAUUGAUUUGGAAGAAGCAAAGUUCCAAGCAGCAAGACGGAAGGAGACUAUUGACCGUGCAAAAACCUACCUAUUCUAUCAGAAUGAAAGAGUGAAAGCAUUUAAUAAUGCAUUUCUACUUGCUGAGGUCCUAAAAGAAAGAGAUGCCCAAGUUGAAUUUAAAAAGUUAAAGUCAGAUGCUAUGAAAAAGAAGGAGAAAGAAAUGGUACAUGAAGAUAAAGAAGCUGUUGCCAGAGAGCAAGAAAAGGCACGUCAGCAUUAUAUGAAUGAACAAGCAGUACGCAGAGAUCAGCUGGAACAAAUAAAGGAGCAUAAGCAUCAGGCAGAUCUGGCCAAGCUAGAAGACAAAAGAGAAGGGGAACAAAUACAGAGAUUGAACCACUUGUACCAAUUGGAAAUGCAGAGAGGAAAGGAAAAGGAACAGGAGGAAAAAGCUGAACAGCAGAGGCUGUAUCAUGAACAUUUAGCUGACCAGAAAAUAAUCAAAGCAAUAGAGAAACAAAAACAAAUGGAAGAAGAUGAUCGGAUUAAAGCUUAUUUUAAAGCAAAAGAAACCAUUGGCAAGAUGGUAAAGAAGAAAAAAGCAGAAAUACGUAGGCUACAGCAAGCACGUCAGGACAAAGUCGUUAGCCAAAUCACUUCACAAAUGAGUGAGGCUUUAAAAAAGGAAAGUGAGAAUCUUGCUAGAGCCAUCGCAAAAAAAGAAGCUGAAUAUGAAAAAAAAUGCAAAGAGAAAGAAGCAAAAGAAAAAGCAGCCAUUAAAGCUAUUGCUGAGUACAGAGCCACUGUGAUGAAGAUGAAAGUGGAAAGGGAGCAAGAGGAAAAAGAGCAGGCUAAAAAAGAACUUAAUGAGCUAAAGGAAAAGUACCACAUCUACCUGGAAAAGGAAAAAGCUAAAAAAAAAAGACAACAUGAGGCAUGCGUGGAAGUACAGAAAUUUCUGAUCCAGCAAAUGGCUGAAAAGCAAGCAAAAAACCAGCAGGAAAAGCAAGCAGACAUGGACUACGAAGCUCAGCGAGAGGCUAUUACACUUUGCAAGGAGCGUGAAUUUCAAAACUAUGCAAAGCAAGUAAUUGAAUCAGAGUCCAAGACUACACGUCAUCUUUAUCCUCUUCUCAAAGCAUCCAGAGAUGUAAGAGGACUUGGACACAGCCAUUCUCCAGAGGAAGAUAAGGAAUAA